UUUUUUUGUUGUUGGUUGUAGCACUUCGUAGGAUCAAAGACGAGUCGCUCUGUGUGCCAUUCCACGACAAAGAUUGCAUCGGCUUCGACAUCGUGCAAAAAUUCCUGGCGGGAACGGAAGCGGGACGGCGUGCUUGUUUCUCACGACCAAAAUGGACCGCCUGUAGUAUUUUGCAGAGACAGUUACCGGAGAGGGGAAACAAAUCCCCACGGCUCCGCCUGAGCAAACCCUCUUCCCCUAGACACUCUCCUGUGCUCGGGCGGCCGCGCGGUGGCACGGGGUACUGCGGCUCCCUGCCCCAUCCACUACCUGCUUGCUUCGUCGCCAACAGUGAGAUGGCUGAGCAAAGCUUGUCGAAGGGAAGAGGACAUCGUACGCAACCAAGGGGGCUUGUUGAUACUGAAGUUGGUGGUGUGACAGAAGGGUCUCAUCACGAAAUAGGGACCAUGAAAAGUAAUCUUAGAGCCAAAUGGAGUCACGAAAUGAAGCUGUUCCUGAUUGGGCUCCUAAAAGAUCAUGAUGUGCCAGGUUUUCGCACACAAAAGGCUUGGAGCAAGGAGGCAUGGAGAAAUAUCGUUUGUGGACUAAAUCAAAAGUUUAGUGUAUCAUUUACUAUUUCCCAAGUUAAACAAAAAGAGCAGGAUCUGAAGAAAGAUUAUCGAAGUGUGAAAUCAUUGUUGGAUGAAGGUAGUUUUGGAUGGGAUAGCGAGAGAAAUAUGGUAGAUGCACCUGAUACUGUUUGGGCUAGUUUUGCUUCUCGCAGAAACAUCAAGGAUGCCCUCCAAUGGCGAGACAAGUCAUUCCCAUAUUAUGAUGAACUGAUUCCUCUCUAUGAAGGCCGUUAUGCUGAAGGAAGAACUAGUCAUGGUAAGGAGCAGUAUGCUAGCAUGUCAAACCAUGCAUCAACUCUCUCAUCACAUCCAGCAGAAGUGACAGAGGCGUAUCAUGUACCAUCACCUACUAUACCAGUCCUGAAUGAGUCGGAUCUUCAUUUUACCUUGGAUGACGAAGUUGAGGACGCCAAUUUGGAUCCUCACCCACUUUCAUUUACUCCUAGGCAACAUACCCAAGCCCCACCAAGACCCGCACAAACAUCUUCUGGAAAAUGUUGCACUUGGCCUAGAAAAAGGCAAAAAUGUGACUGUGACAAUGGAUUCCUUGAGCGAUACCUAAAAAUGAAGCAGGAAGAAAUUGAUCUGUUUGCUGCAAUUGAUAAGAAGCUGGAGGGUCCUUAUAGCAUUACCGAGUGCAUCACAGCAAUCCAAAAGUUGGAUGGUCUACAAAUAGGUGAUAUGUUGAUGGCAGCAGAUAUCUUCAGAUGUAGGGAUAACAGGGAAAUUUUCAUGUCUUUCUCUAGAGAUGAACUGCGGUUAGCUUGGCUUACAAGGGAGAUUGCACGCAAUCAGACAAAUGAUCAGAAUUAGGAAUGCUUUAUGGCUAUGCAUCAAGGAAUCGUGGUCAUGCACUAGGGAAGCUUUUGUUCAGUAGGUGGAAUAUGCAUUUUGUUACCCUAAUCAGUCAUAGUACUGACCUAAAUGGUUAAUGUCUAUUCCGGUAGUAUCUAGAUGGUAAACUCUUAUUUUGGUAGCUUCAUAUCUAAGACUCCUAUCAUGUCGAGUCAUGGAAACAGAACUCCUAUUAACAUUAAAAGUUUCGAGUACAAGAAUGGUAAUGGAUUUUGCAUCUCAUAUUUACA